AUGGAGCUAAGCGAAGCCAACCAGAGCUCUGGGGGUGACUUUAUCCUGCUGGGUUUCUCUGACCAUCCAGGGUUGGAAAAGGUUCUCUUUGUGGUCAUCUCCAUUUUCUACUUCUUGACUCUAAUGGGCAACACAGCUGUCAUCCUGGUAUCUUACCUGGACUCCCAGCUCCAUACGCCCAUGUACUUCUUCCUCUCUAAUCUCUCUUUCCUGGAUCUCUGCUUCACUACCACCACAAUCCCCCAACUGCUGAUCAACCUGUGGGCACCAGGGAAAACCAUCAGCUACCAAGGCUGCCUUGCCCAACUCUACAUUGCUCUGGCUUUGGGCUCCACCGAAUGCAUACUGUUGGCCGUCAUGUCGUACGACCGCUACGUUGCUGUCUGCCAGCCCCUGAGGUAUGCAGUGCUCAUGCCGCUGUGUCUCUGUAGGCAGCUGGCCGCUCUGGCAUGGGUUAGUGGCUUUUCCAACUCCAUAGUGGGCACGGCGGUCACCCUCAGGAUGCCUCUGUGUGGGCGACGUAGGCUGGACCACUUCCAGUGCGAAGUCCCGGCCCUCAUUAGGAUCGCCUGUGGGGACACUGCACCCAACGAGGCUGAGAUGUUUGCGGCAAGUGUGAUCUUUCUGCUGGCACCCGUCUCCCUCAUCGUCACCUCCUAUGGGCACAUCACCCGGGCGGUGCUGAGGCUCCAGUCGGCCGCCGGGCGCGUCAAGGCAUUCCAGACUGGCUCCUCUCACCUCAUGGUGGUGGUCAUCUUCUUUGGAACCAUCGCCUUCAUGUACCUCCAACCAGCUAAGAGCACCUCUAAGGACCGGGGCAGGUUCGUCUCCCUCUUCUACGUCGUUGUCACCCCCUGCCUCAACCCUCUCAUCUACACCCUGAGAAACAGAGAGGUCAAGGAUGCAGUGAGAAGGCUGGGGAGAAGAUGA